UUUGGAUUGUACUGUAUUGGAUUAUACUUUAAAUGAUAAUUAUAUAAUUAUAUAAUGUUAAUUAUCAAACUUUAUAUUCUACUUGGUAGUUUGUGAAUCUCCUCCCUAUGACCGUUAAACGUUGUCCAAUUUUCAAUACAGCACAAUGUAUGUAUGUAUGUAUGGAUUUACAUUUGAAUUAUUACUUUGAAACUGCAAAGUAACUAAGAUGAUCAAAUAAUGUAAAUAGUGCAAUAUUUCCCUUUGUACUGUAGUAGAGAUAUAAGUAUAAGAAAAUAGAAAUACUCCAUUGAAGUACAAGUACACUUGACAGAACCGCUUUCUUCGUGGAACCGGGUGGUAAUCGUUGAACAGAGUGAUACAUCUUUUCACACCAACGAUCGUUAGGACUACAAAUUCCUCCGUGACGUAUCGCGGCGUCAGAUUUCACCAACUGGCCUCGUUUCGUCAGCUGAUGCAGAAGAGGAUUUAAUCAUCCUACAGACAGUCUGAUCUGUGGAUGAUCUCUCUGAUGAAAGGUCUGAUCAGCGACGCCAGACAGCAGACGUCUCAGGCCUGACAGCCAAUCGAAACUCAACACAGGAACAUUGAUAUUAUUAUUGGAUACUAUACAAAUCAAAUCGUCUAUAAUUAAGCUGUGAUCCCAACAUUUAAUUCGUCUUCCAUGUUGCUCGUGUCAUUGCUGUGUUUUUAUAAUAUUUUCUAUUCCUCUGUUACAAAACCAAUAUUUCCCCACCCCAACAUCCAAGGGAUUCACAUAAUAACAAUGUUGUAGUAACUCACGGGAGGCUUCUUAUAGCUCAUUUAAGGCUUUUUAUUUUCUUCCUGGAGAACACAUGGUGCAGCAUGAAUAACAUCGCAGACAGGUGCACGUCACUCCUGAACUUGUUCUGUGCUUGUCUAUAGGGGAAACUCAACCGUAACAACAGAGGGUCGCUGCCACCUAGUGGACCAGCGGAUUAACAUUUGAAUUACUCUGCACAGAUAUCACAUCCCUCCCUCCUUAAGCAGGUUAUUACCCAAUUUCUCCUAGGAACAUUCUAACUAUACAAACACAUCAGUUUUUUUCCUGUUAUACUAGGUGUCAAUAUUAAGACCAUCUUAUUAAUAAGUCUCUUUCCCUUAGUUCAACUGGAAGUCUUUAAGAGAACUGGGCAACUUAGUGUCCCUUUUUGGCCAUCUCUUCACUGGAGUUUUGUUUGCCACAGCUCUUUGGUCUGUAUCUGAACUUCCUAAAGCUUCUGUUGCUGCUGGCCCUUCCAACUGGUCGCCACUGAGCACAACCUCCUCAGCAUCCAGCCAUGCUUCAUCUUUUGUGUUGGGCUCAGUUGAAGCAGUCUGUUGUUUUUCAUUGCCUCUUUCUGGUCUCUGGUGGUGAGCAUGAAUCUGAUCCACAUGGAGUUGUCUCAUGACACUUUCUUGGCCUGGUUUUGGCACAACCACUCUCGACCCCCACAUCACACAGCCCUUUUGAAUACUGAGUUCAAGUUUCCUCACCUCAUAAGGGGCCCACUCCUCCCCUUUUUCUUUUUCUGACCAGCCGUUGUGAACCAUCUCUCACACUCUCGAUAGUACUGGAUCUUUGUCUGUCCAUGCUUCCACUUGAUCAGCUGUCACCAGUGUGAUGUCAGAGCUCUCCAGCAUGAGAACCCUCUCUUCCGACGUCUCCACUUCACGUGUAUCUGACAAAGGAAGGCGGCUGAGAGCGUCUGCAUUGCUGUGGUGUUUUCCUUCUUUAUACACUAUUGUGUAUUCAUAGGCUCUCAGUGUUACAGCCCACCUUUGGAUCCUGGGCGAUGCCAUUUGUGGUACUGCCUUCAUCUCAUAGAAAAGUGACAACAAGGGCUUGUGGUCUGUCACUUUAGUGAAUUUCCGUCCAUAAAUAUACUUGUGGAAGCGUUGUAUUCCAAAUAUCACCGCAAGUCCUUCCUAAUCCAGUUGUGAGUAGUUUUUUUCUGCUGUGUUCAGUGUUCGUGAGGUAAAACCUAUGGGUCUUUCAGGUCCAUCUGGCAUGUGGUGUGACAGUACGGCACCUACCCCGUAUGGUGACGUGUCACAUGACAGCACAAUGUCCUUCUCUGGAUCGUAAUGCACCAGCACCUGAGCUGACUGCAUGAGUUCUUUUGAUUUUUUAAAGGCUGCUUGUUGUGCGUCUCCCCACUGCCACUUUGUGUCUUUUUGUAGCAGUUUGUGCACCGGACCAAGGACAGUAGACAAAUUUGGUAGGAACUUGUUAUAAUAGUUUAACAGUUUUUUACUAGCUGUUUAUGCUGUACUUUACCCACUGCUGCUCCCAAAACAUUUACUUUAUGUCCUGUGUAUGUUUUCAGCCUCACUCUACAUGAGCGUAGCUCUGGCACCUCCUUCCCCCAAAGGUUUUGUACAGAGUAGUUCAGUACUGUAACCCCACAACCCAAGUCCAUUUCAAAUUGCUGUUGAUCCCCAUUAACAGUCAAUGUCUGUAUAAAUGGCUCCUCUGCUGGUAUGUCUAGUUCAUCUAGUUUGUACAGUGUGAACAUGACUUUUUCUUCGUCUAUGUCGUCUUUUACGCCCUCCCCCUGGCUGACAUAGUGUGUUCCCUGAGUUUUCCCAUGCUUCCCUGUUGGUACUCCACCCCCUCUAGCCUGUGAAGUGCUAGCUGAGCCAUUUGACCUACACACUUUUUUAAUGUGACCAAUUUUUCCACACUUAUGACAGGUUUCUUGAAUAAACCUACAGUCCCCAGCCCUGUGCUGCUCACCUCCACACCUGUAACAAGCGUUAUACUGGUGCGGCUGCUUAGUGAGGAACUGCUUUGUAGACAUAUUGUGCACUGUUUGUGGUGCCCUCAUGUGUGGGGGUGUAGACUCCAGUGACUGUAUCCCGUACCUUCUAAAUGACCCUGUAGGAGAGACAUUUACCGCCCAAGGAAGUGAGGUCUCUACCCCAGAGUGAAGUUAGCAAGCCCUAGUGUUUGGUAACAAAGGACAUUGAUCUCUUUGUGUUUAAAAAACAUGAGAUAAUUUUAUAUUUGCUCUGGCGCCGACAUCAGACCAAAAUGCCGAAACCCGGGAUCGAACCAGGGACCUUUAGAUCUUCAGUCUAACGCUCUCCCAACUGAGCUAUUUCGGCGAUGAACUCCAGAGAAGUUCUAAACAAUUCUUAUCAUAACAGUUAUUCUAUAACUAUACAGUCUUCAACGAAAAGAACGUUUCAUAUCGUUUUUUCCCCCCGUAAUUACUUGGUGCAUAAAUGGUAACAAGGCCCCGGACGGAUGUUGGUUCAGUUUCGUGUCUCCGUGACGCUGGCUCGCCAGGAUGUUAUGCGGUGACGUAACUUCAUUCCCAUUCACACAUUCUGCGCAGAGGCUGCUGGGAAGAAAGGUCAAGAAUCGCUGGCAGCAUUUAACACGGAUCCGCCGCUGCAACAGAGAUGAUCUCAGUAAAUAGAACUGGUAAAGCUAGUCUAUUGUUUUAAACGAGACCGACACGCGUUGCUGUUAAUAAUACAGUAAAACUUACACAACGCUGUCGUCCACUUUUCUGACAUUCAGCCACCGUCACAUCACACUGGCUAGCUAACGUUAGCCGGCUAGCUGCUGCAUUGUUAUUGUUUUCGGGUUUUUUUUGGCGGCGGCCAUAUAAAUACUACUCCCGGAGGUUCCCCAGCCGAGGCAGGGGUCCGGACUGGCUGAGUGAUGUUUUUCUGUUCCUCUCGGGAAGAUGGAUGAUAAAUCCAGCAGCAGCAGCAGCCACCAACGGCUCCUGAUCGUCCUGCUCAUGUCGUUGCUCUUUGGCGUCAUCAUGGUCCAGUACGUGUGCCCGAGCAGGUCCGAGUGCCAGGUGCUGCACCAGCUGGGGUCCUGGUUGAGGAUCGGCAGUGCAGCUGGUUCCCGGGGCAGUGAAGUCAAAGACGGGCCUCAGAAGGAUCCGUACAUCGCAGAAGACGGCGCCCUGGUCCGCUUCGUCCCUCGCUACAACUUCACCAAAGCCGAUUUAAAUCGUGUGGUGGACUUCCACAUGAAGGGCGACGAUGUGAUCGUCUUUCUGCACAUUCAGAAGACAGGCGGCACGACGUUCGGUCGACACCUGGUGCGCAACAUUCAGCUGGAGAGGCCGUGCGAGUGCCACGCGGGUCAGAAGAAGUGUAUGUGUUACCGGCCAGGUAAAAAAGAAACCUGGCUCUUCUCCCGGUUCUCCACCGGCUGGAGCUGCGGGCUGCACGCGGACUGGACCGAGCUCACCAAGUGUGUCCCGUCACGCAUGGACACGCGGGAGGCUCCCAAGAACCUGCUCAGAAGGAACUAUUAUUAUAUAACCAUCUUACGAGACCCAGUGUCACGCUACCUGAGUGAGUGGCGCCACGUGCAGCGCGGUGCCACAUGGAAAGCCUCCUUACAUGUGUGUGAUGGACGUUCACCAACGCUGUCCGAGCUGCCGAGCUGCUACCCUGGAGAUGACUGGUCAGGUUGCUCCCUGCAGGAGUUCGUUGACUGCCCCUACAACUUAGCCAACAACCGGCAGACCCGCAUGCUGGCUGACCUCAGCCUGGUGGGGUGCUACAACGUCUCUGCCAUGAGUGAGGAAGAGCGCUGGGCAGUUCUUCUGCAGAGUGCUAAGCGUAACCUGCGGGGCAUGGCCUUCUUUGGGCUAACAGAGUACCAGCGUAAGACCCAGUACUUGUUCGAACGGACCUUCAACCUGGAGUUCAUCGCACCCUUCACGCAGCUCAACGGCACACGGGCCUCCAGUGUUGACGUACCUGCCGAGACGCAACACAGAAUCCGCCUGCUUAACCGAUGGGACGUAGAGCUGUACGAGUACGGCCGUGACCUUUUCCUGCAGCGUUUCCAGGUGGCGAGGCAGCAGGAGCGCAGGCAGGCCAGAGAGAGGCGGCAGCAGGAGAGGAGGCGGCUCCGUGGUAGGCUCACGACGAAGCAAGGUCAGCUGCUGAAGCCCACAGAAACACCCCAUCAACCUGCCAGCCAACAUGUAGCAACCGAAGAGCAGCAGAAGGAGAAGGCUGUCGCAGACAAUGUGGAGUCUGAGGUGCUACUCCCUGAAUGGUGGGAUCUGGAUGAGAAUAGCACCAUGGAGGACUACAUGGACAAUGUGGAACAGUGGUAGUGACAGGGACAAGCAUUAGGGUUCAAAUACUGCGCCAAGUUCUGCCUUGUUGUCUGUCGUUUAUGAAUCCAACUCAUUUAAGUAGUCUACUUCCACUACUGUUGCUCUCUACGUGAACUGUUUUAAACUACAUAUUUAUUUAUUGAAACUGAUUGUAUAUCUUGGCCACAACAACUGACAGUCAUAAAAGACAGUGGAUGGAGAAAGGGAGGCUGCUCUGGGUCCCUGCUUUCCCAUACAUCCACUGUUCACACGAGCCUUCAAGACCGUUCUUCUUGUUUUUUUUACACAUCUGAACUCAUUUUGUAAUUUUUUCUUUUUUGUCAGGAACAAUCUAAUACAUGUUUCUAUUUAAAAAAAUUGCUACUGUUUGUGAUUAAUAAGCUACCUGUUUGCCAGAUUGUUAUCGUCUAUGAAAUGUGUACAUUUUUAAAUGUACCUGUGUUUUUUAACAUGUCUCUUAAGUGACAAGAAAAGAAGAAUGGAAUUUUAAUAGAUACCUCAAUGUGUUGCAUUAACUGCUAAUGUUGUAAAAUUAUUGAAUGUGUCCCAGGUCUCGAUUUUUAUAUAAAAAAAUAUUUUACAUCUACUGAA